AGAGAUCGCCAAAGGUGUCUUGCGUACGGUGGUAGAGGCAGCUAAAUCUGGAGUGUCUGUCCUCAGCUUGUGUGAGAGAGGAGAUGUCAUGAUCAUGGAAGAAACUGGCAAAAUCUUUAAGAAAGAGAAAGAUAUCAAGAAAGGUAUUGCCUUUCCCACAAGUAUAUCGGUAAAUAACUGUGUCUGUCACUUCUCCCCCUUGAAGAGUGACCAGGAUUACAUCCUCAAAGAUGGCGAUUUGGUCAAAAUUGACUUGGGAGUCCAUGUCGAUGGCUUCAUAGCAAAUGUAGCACAUACUUUUGUCAUUGAGGCAUCGAAGGAAGCUCCAGUGACAGGUCGCAAAGCUGACGUCAUAAAAGCCGCUCACCUCUGUGCUGAAGCUGCUCUGCGCUUGGUCAAGCCGGGAAACCAGAAUUCACAAGUAACGGAUGCCUGGAACAAGAUUGCUCACUCAUUUAACUGCACACCAAUUGAAGGGAUGCUAUCACACCAGCUAAAGCAGCAUGUGAUAGAUGGAGAGAAGACCAUCAUCCAGAACCCCACAGACCAGCAAAGAAAGGACCAUGAAAAGGCAGAGUUUGAGGUCCAUGAAGUUUACGCCAUUGAUGUUCUUAUUAGCACUGGAGAAGGAAAAGCCAAGGAUGCUGGGCAAAGAACCACCAUUUACAAAAGGGACCCUUCCAAACAGUAUGGUUUGAAAAUGAAAACUUCCCGUGCCUUUUUUAGUGAGGUGGAGAGACGAUUUGAUGCUAUGCCUUUCACUCUCAGGGCAUUUGAGGAUGAAAAGAAGGCCAGGAUGGGGGUAGUUGAAUGUGCCAAACAUGAGCUGCUCCAGCCCUUUAAUGUCCUCUAUGAGAAAGAAGGAGAGUUUGUUGCCCAGUUUAAGUUCACGGUGCUUUUAAUGCCCAACGGCCCCAUGAGAAUAACCAGUGGCCCCUUUGAGCCUGAACUCUACAAAUCAGAAUUUGAAGUUCAAGAUGCCGAUCUGAAGGCACUCCUACAAAGCUCAGCAAGCCGUAAAGCCCAAAAAAAGAAGAAAAAGAAGGCCUCCAAGAAUGCUGAGAAUGCCACAACAGGGGAAACAGCAGAAGACAAUGAGGCUGGCGACUGAACGGCUCAGCUUUCCUCUGCCUCGCACCUGAUUCUUUCUCUCCCAUGUCCCCCUCUAACAAGAGAAACGAGCAUCCCUGCAUGGCUGUUUGUCUCCUAGGACCACAGGACAAACAGCCUGGACUUCCCACAAAGUGCAACCAGCUGAGAUUGACUUGGCCACUAAGGGAGGAGUCUCUUGGCCACUUCAGAAUACUUUUAAACGUGUGAAAUAAUAAAAUCAGGAGUAAAAAAACAGUCUACAUUCAAUCUUUCUAGCCUUUGAUACUACUUGUGCUCCUUAGAAGUGAGCAAAUGCAGUUCUCAGCAAGAACAGGAGCUUUCUUCUCGCUCCACCUCUCUCCUUCCCUAUUAAAGGUACUUUAACUCUUCUGAAAAAUCCUUUGACAUCUUUGCAACUAAUUAUACAUGCAAAAACUCAAAUCUUGACUUCAGAAUUGCAUUACAUGCAGCUAGUAUAUCUUGCAUGUCACUGCUUUUUCACUGUUUAGGCAGUUUUUCCCUCUUAAAACUCUAGGAUGUUCUUAAGUUACGGGAGGGGAGGAUUUGCUUUUUCAACCCCCAAUGAUACAUUUUAAUUUUUGCAGAAAGGCUCUUUGAAGAUUAUUCUGUUCCUCUAGGCAGUAUCAUUUUGUGUGUACAGAAUUAUUUUCAUUUGGUUAUAUAUUAUUGUUGGUUUAAAUUAUCACCCCAGAACAAAGAUAGGUUAAUUAACCACCUAGUAAAAUCCUUUCCAGGCUCCAGGAGAAAUAAACGGGAUUUAUUUCUGAUUUAACGGGAGCUCUUUGAUGUUUUUUGACAUUUUGUGCAUUUGUAUUUACUUAUCCCCCACACACUUGCCUUUUCAUUACUAAAACAUUUCACUGUACUAAUAUAUAUGAUACCUAAAGUAGGAUUUUUCAGAAGAAUUCCUCCAUAUAUAUAAUUUUUACAUGAAUGAAUGGAAUGCUACAGAAGUGGUUGGACCUGGAAUCAAUUCCAUUUAUGAGAAUCUCUUUUCUAUAGUAUGUCUUUCUAAAUUGUCCAUUUCAAUUGUAUAUGAUCAUGUGGGAUGUUUUUUCUAUGUUAUUCCAAACCAGGUUCUUGUCUAUACCCUUAAUGUAGCUGAAUUGAUUCCUGUAAAACUGCUUUGUGCUGUAUGGCAGGCAAUACCCUUCUGUCCAAUAUACCUGGAGUUUAGCAUUUAAAAGUCUCAGUUACUACCAAAGGUUAAGACCAUCAAAAAAAUUUUUAAAGUGUCUUUUUUUCUGUUUUUUUCCCCAUCGGUUUGUAAACUUCUACAUUAGUUCUAGAGUGCUUGCCUGCUUUUUGUAAGGAUCACUUUCAACGCUGAGUUAGGAAAGUACAAUGGGGAACAUGUUGAGUGGAGACUGAAUCAUAUGGAAGUAAUGAGCUUGGAGAGGAUCAUGCACAAGACUUGCAAUGAGCUGCCAAUUUAGUUUUAAACUGCUCCCAGUUGUUAACCAUGAAUUUAAGAGAAGGGGGGGUGGAGGGGGGAAUACUACUUGUUCCUAGUAAGGAACAUUUUAGCAUUUAUAAGUAAUAUGUUUUCUUAUUUCCCUUCCUUUAUGGUUCAGCCACAUUACCAGUUUAUAAACCACUAAGGCUUGCGGUUUAUUUAAUUUUUCUUUAUUUUGAAACUAUAAAGCAAUUGUAUCCCUUGAUUUAAAAAAAAUGCAGUUGGAAAUUUUGGAAGAAAAUUCCCACAAAUUGUUCUGUAACUUGUUUUUUUUUCCAAAUAAAAUCGAUUAGUGACACCCAUGGAUAGAUCAAUGGGUCUGCUAUGUUGAGGGGGUGGAGGAGUCUGAAAUUUGAAAUAUUUUGAUACAAAAUAGUAUAUACUUGAAGAAAUGUCUGCUUGUAUGCACUUACUAACUGAAAAUGUUAGGAAGAGUUGAUUGCUCUUAACUAUUACUACCUACUGGAUUCUUCCCAUUUCUGAAGAUCCGAAGUUGUCGUGUAGUGCUAUGUUUCUUACUUGAGAUAAGCGUCUAUGCCUGAUUCAUUGAAUAUUCUACAAUGCAUUUAAGAAACAGUAGGUUUAUUUUCCUCCUAUUUAAAAAGGUGGCUUUUGUUUUGAUAAUUAGCCUGUCCCCCCCCCCCCCCAUUUUU